CUGUUGUGUUGUCAUGAGUCGAGUCUCACCGGGGACGCUGGAAAUUUCUAGACUGGCUGUUUUUUCCACGAUAAGAAAUCACCCUGGAAUCCCCCAAUGCGCUGGGGAAUUAUUUUAUACUGACCGAAGAGGAAGAGAAACUUGUCUGCAAAGUUCAACUAAAUGCUUCAUUGGCAGUUGUUAGGUUAUUUCUCUUUAUUAUAUAAGGAGCCAUCGCUGGCCCGACGAGCCCAGUAGGCAGGAGGAGGAGAGGGAGGGAUCUGAAGAGGAGCGCCCAGACUCACUGUCGACAGCACUGGCUGGCAGCAUGGGUGAAGAGGGGCCUCCCAGUCUGGAGUACAUCAAGGCCAAGGACCUGUUCCCCCAGAAGGAGCUGGUGAAGGAGGAUGAAAGCCUUCAGGUGCCAUUCCCAGUUCUUCAGGGGGAAGGGGUGGAAUAUCUUGGCCGAGCUGAUGAAGCCAUCAUUGCCAUUUCUAACUACCGGCUCCACAUCAAGUUCAAAGACUCUGUCAUCAACACCUUCCCAGGUGUGGACAAUGAGAUAUCUGUGCCUCUCAGGCUCAUAGAAGGUGUGGAGAGCAGAGAUAUGUUCCAGCUGCACAUCAUCUGCAAAGACUCUAAAGUUGUCAGAUGCCACUUUGCAACGUUCAAGCAGUGCCAGGAGUGGGUCAAGCGUCUGAACAGGGCCACAGCCCACCCAUCCCGGCUGGAGGAUCUGUUCGCCCUGGCUUAUCACGCGUGGUGUCUGGGAGGAAACGCUGAUGAUGAAGACCAGCAUGUUCAUCUCUGUCGUCCAGGUUCGCACAGCUUUACUCUGACGUUUAAGAACAAGUCGUGGAGUCAUUCUUUUUCAAAUAAUAUCCCGUUUCCAUGUUCUGUGUCUGAAGGUGAUCAUGUACGUCAGAGAAUGGAAAUGGAAGUCAAGAGGAUGGGCUUCGAUACACAGAACGUGUGGAGAGUAUCCGACAUAAACUGUAACUACAAGCUGUGCUCCAGCUACCCACAGAAGCUCCUGGUUCCAAUCUGGAUCACUGACAAGGAGCUGGAGAGUGUGGCUUCCUUCAGAUCCUGGAAGAGGAUCCCUGUGGUGGUUUACAGGCACCAGAAGAACGGGGCAGUGAUCGCCCGUUGCAGCCAACCUGAGAUCAGCUGGUGGGGGUGGAGGAACACGGAUGACGAGUACCUGGUGACGUCCAUCGCUAAGGCCUGUCAGACGGACACCGCAGCCAAGGGUGCACCGGUCUGCCGACAACGUGGGGAAGCUCCCGACUCUUCUGAUAGUGAUUUUGACUCCUCUCUGACUGGUGUCUCCGGCUGCGACGACAACACUGUGCCACAGAAGCUGCUGAUUCUGGAUGCUCGCUCAUACACUGCUGCAGUGGCCAACCGAGCCAAGGGCGGGGGCUGCGAAUGUGAAGAGUACUACCCCAACUGUGAGGUAAUGUUCAUGGGUAUGGCCAACAUCCACGCCAUCCGAAACAGCUUCCAGGCUCUCAGGACCGUCUGCAGUCAGAUCCCGGACCCAGGAAACUGGCUUUCAGCACUUGAGAGCACUCGGUGGCUGCAGCACCUGUCUGUAAUGCUGAAGGCAGCCACGCUGGUGUGCUCGGCAGUGGAGCGGGAAGGCCGUCCUGUCCUGGUGCACUGUUCAGAUGGGUGGGACCGCACACCCCAGAUCGUAGCCCUCGCCAAGGUCCUACUGGACCCCUACUACAGGACAUUAGAGGGUUUCCAGGUGCUUGUGGAGACUGAGUGGUUGGAUUAUGGCCAUAAGUUUGGGGAUCGGUGCGGCCACCAGGAGAACGCUGAUGAUGUGAGCGAGCAGUGUCCCGUCUUCCUGCAGUGGCUGGACUGUGUUCAUCAGCUACUCAAGCAGUUCCCCUGUCUGUUUGAAUUCAAUGAGGCCUUCCUGGUCAAAUUGGUGCAGCACACAUACUCGUGUCUUUACGGGACAUUUCUGUGUAACAACGCUCGCGAGAGGGAGGCGAAGAACAUCUACAAACGCACCUGCUCCGUCUGGUCCCUGCUUCGCACUGGAAACAAGAACUUCCAGAACUUCCUCUACAUCCCCAGUCAUGAUAUGGUGCUGCAGCCAGUCUGCCAUACUCGAGCACUACAGCUGUGGACAGCUGUGUACCUGCCCACCUCCUCCCCCUGCACUGCUGUGGAUGAUUCUGUGGAGCUCUACCUCCCCCCAUGUGUCACAGGAGAUGAGCUCACCUCCCGUUCCCUGGACAGACUUCCCAAGACUCGCUCCAUGGACAACCUGGUGUCAGCCUUUGAGAACGGGGUUCCCCUGACACGUACGUCCAGCGACCCCAAUCUUAAUAAGCACUGCCAGGAGGGUCGCUCUGCACUGGAGCCUUCACCUGCCAUGGAAGAAACCUCUGAUGACAGUCCUGAUGAAGCCCUAUCUGACCCUGGAGUGGACAGCGAUGAGAGACCGUGUGUAGAUCAGAGUCCCCCUAAGUCUCCAGAUGGUGUCCCAGGUGCAGAGUUCUCUGAAGACACACCAGAAGAGCCCUGUCUUACCACGCAGCCCCUGCCCUCUCUGCCCCUCCCCCCUGUCCCUCUGAGUAAGGACGUAACACUCGCUCUCACUGCCUUCUCCACUCCGGUCCUCCAGCAAGCUUUGCCUCAGAUCACAAAUCCUCCACUCCCACCACCUCCUCUGGAGGCUGAGAGCCCCUGUAGGACUGCCGAGAGUAGCACGUCACCCACUCAUGAAUCAGAGCCGUGCUUACCUCUCCCCUGUAAGAGCGCCCAACCUGCAGCCAACACGCCCACCUCGCUGCUCAACGGACACACUGACGGCGUAGCGAACGGCCUCCCAGAAUCUGACAACCUGCUGGCUCUGAAGCAGCUAACACCGCUCCUUCCUAUGGAGGACUCCACUGAGACUCUCACAGGUGAGGGAGAGCUCCCCCCCGCCUUGCCUUCCACAGAGACCCCGGAUCUUCCCCAGAAUCACGUAAAUGACGUGGAGCAGCCGGAGUCGCCGCCGCUGCAGGUUCAAGCUCAGAAGGAGAAAGAAGACACGAGGACAGAGGUAGUUAAAGGAAGGGAGCGCGUGGCACCGGUAGCAGCAGCUCCUGUAGACUGCACUCAGGUAGCAGCUCGUCAUCUCAUCUCCCAGAGCCAGCUCACAAACCUGUCUCUGUUCGGCUCCCACUGGGAGAGCGUCCAAGGUCUGGUCCAGUCCGCCUACAACAGCGCCAGUCAUUCUGGCGUCAGCCGGGCCCUGCAGAGCCGCAAACUUGCCAGUAAACUCCUCCGGGCGCAAGGCUUCCCCAUCGCCAACGGUUCCCAGUGCUGUCGCAGGGAGGCUCUUUGCUGCCCCAGCAGCCCUCUGCAGCCUGGAUGGCUGUCCGCCGUCAGGAGUACAGGCUACACCGGCCUGUGUGGACCCGCCGCCGCUGCCCUCAACAGCUACUCCCUAGCAGGCCACCAGCUCCUGCCGGCGUCGUAUUCCUCACCCUCCGCCUCCAGCUCCCCUCCUCCGCCCCAGGCCCCAGCCUACCUGGAUGACGACGGGCUGCCGGUGCCAAUGGACGCCGUGCAGCAGAGGCUGCGACAGAUCGAAGCCGGUUACAAGCAGGAGGUGGAGGUGCUGCGGCAGCAGGUGCGAACGCUGCAGAUGAGACUGGAGAGUAAACAGUACGGCUCCCCGCCCUCAGAGCCAGACAUCGAUUAUGAGGAUGACAUUACAUGUCUGCGGGAGUCAGACAACAGCAACGAGGAGGAUUCUCUGUCCACCCACAGCGAGGACCGUCUGUCCGAGGGCAGCUGGGAUCGAGUGGAGCGCAAGGACACAGAGGUCACGAGGUGGGUGCCCGACCACAUGGCCUCCCAUUGUUUCAACUGUGACUGUGAGUUCUGGAUAGCCAAGAGACGUCACCACUGCAGGAACUGUGGUAAUGUGUUCUGUAAAGACUGUUGUCAUCUGAAGCUGCCCAUCCCGGACCAGCAGCUGUAUGACCCAGUGUUGGUCUGCAACACCUGCCACGACCAACUGCUGGAGUGCCGCACCCGCGAGAUCCGCAGCCAGCAGCUCAAAAAGGCCAUCGCCACAGCCUCCAGCUGAGAGAGACGGCGUGUAGCGUGUCACGCCUCGGCUCUGUCCUGCUCAUUUUGGGACUCUCUGAGUCCUGUUGUAACCCCAAUCUGCUGUAGUUUUGGCUGCGGGGGCCUGGGGGGGACGUGGAAGAAUUGUUACUCUUUGGAGGCUCGGUUUUGAAGCGGAGAUGCACUGAGAGACUGGAAGGUCUGAGUCCGAGGCAGGUGGUGGUGGUGGUGGUGGUGGCGGCGGGGUUUCUGCUGAACAAACCCCAUGUAUUCAAAGACAUCUUCAGCCUGGAGCGCUGCAGCGACCUGCUGCCUCCACGCGGCUCGGUCCUCUCGCGGCGCCCUCUCCGAGACACAUCUCCAUUCACCUUUACUACCAAACACCUGCACCCUCCUGACAAACACCAUCUCGCACUUCAGAGGACAAUCUCUCACCCUUCCACGUGUCGGGGACUCCAAAGCCUUUACCUGUACUACUGGAGGCUUUCAACUUAAAAAGAAAAGAAUUGCUGCUACAGUAUUUAAAAGUCUAAUUUUGUAUUCUUAUUUUGUGCACUACUAGCUGUCGUGUCUUUGAGGGAAUUUGAGACCAAACUUGAGCAAAAGGGAGAAAUCUGCUGUUUACUUUGCCACUGCAUCUUUUUUUUUUUUUUCUUUUUUUUCUUGGAGCCUGAAUGUAACAUGUAAUGGGUAACUGGAUCGAGUUUAUGUUCAUGUGCGCAUUUGGUGGGUCGUAUAUAUGUUCAUUGCUGCAAUGUUCUCAAAAAUGAUGUAUAUGCACAGUCAAUGUGGUUCUGUCUUUAUCGAUGCUUUUCUCCAGUGUAGCCAUGUUGCAACAUUCGACGCUCUGAGAGGUGUGUGGACGGACUGACGCUGCACGGUGUGUUCGUUUAGUGCGAAGAGGACUGUGGGAGAUGGCAUGUUUUAGCAAAGUCUUCUUCUGAGGUGGGAAAGUAGUUUGGAGGUAUCGUUGGUUUUCUGUGAUGUGACUGCGGGAACUUCUUGAAGGCUUCUGUUGAGAUUUUUGUGAUUGAAUGGCUCAGUGUCCGCACAAAGCUUGACGUCCAUCAGACUGAUGAAACUUUCUCAAAUUGUCAAGUGGCAGUGCAGACCGCUCGGAUAAAGACUGAACAGAGUGCUUGGCGUUUUUUUUGUUCUGUUGGGGGAGUUUGGCCGAAGUCCCCUUUUUAAAAAAAAAAAAUGUGUUUGUGUCUACUGGUUGUUCUUGAGACAAUAGUGCCAUAUUUUGUUUUUGUCUAUUUUUGAAGCCUUUUUCUUUCUGAUGGAUGCAGCAGGUUUCUAAUUGGCCACCUCUCGGUAUGUUUUAAUGGUACAGAUAGCUGCUUAAUAACACUGAGACGACUAAAGAUUAACGAUGGUUUCAUAACGAGGCUGACCAUGUCGAUAGAUGAUUGGAUAUCACUGAAUUAAUUAACCUCCGUGAUUAUCCAUCGUCUAACAUUUGGGAUUUUUUUGCACGGUGUUUAUGAAGUCAAAAUCUUUCCGAGGAGCUCAAAAAUGUAACAUACAUAGUUAUCUGAUCCGUAGUGGUGGCUAAAACCUGUCACUUAAUGAGUAAUUGUUGUAAAGAAAUGCACUGUAAAAGUUAAAUCCCAUGGGUUAAAAUAAAAGAUCAUAUCAUGCAUCA